AUGGGAAAUGGUAUAUACCGAUUAUGGAUCUUGAUCGUAGGACAAAUUGGUACGAUGACACUUGCCAUUCGUUUACUUCUUAUUUUUGUCACAAAAAGUAGUCAAAUAGUCAGUUGUUUUGGUUUAGAUUAUCUUAUUUCUGUUUCGACUGCACUUUAUUAUUCAUUAACGGCAUGUGUAGCUAUUGAACGUACAGUAGUUGUCUAUAUGAAUUUAUUAUUCAGCAAAACACGAAGUCGAAAUGUUGCCAAAACUAUCAUUCCAAUAUUGAUCGUCUAUCAUUCUGGGAUCGCGAUUCAUGAAUUUUUCCAGCGUCAUCUGCUUUCUGAUCGUCAUUUCUCAGAUCGCUUGUGGUGUUCACUAUAUCAGAAGACCCGCGUUCUUAGUAUUUAUACUAAGGUAACGAAUGUUGUUCAUCUUCUAUUUUCAUACAUCAUCAAUCUGAUCACACCCAUAUUAAUGCUUACUAAAUUAACAAAAGACAAGGCAACAGUGAACGAAAAUGCUACGACAUGGUCGAAUAUUAAAAAUGUUUUAAGUGUAUAUAAAAACAUUGUGAUCACUCCUUAUAUUAUUGUUCUUUUGAUAACUCCUCGCAUCAUUCUUACAUUUUUUCUGGCAUGUAUCACACAUUCAUGGCAGAACAUAAUGUAUCUCGCCGCCUACUUUCUAUCACUAAUGCCACUCAUGGCAUCUAUUUUCAUCUUUGUCUUUCCGUCACCUCAUUUCCGACAAGAACUUCGACAGACCAUCCAACGUGCCACUGGAUACGUGUCUGUUCGGCAAUAUACUUGAGCAUCAUCUGUAUGUUAUUUCUCUUGUUAUCCUUUUCAUUAUACAGUUUCAAUGAUGUGCAUUUCUAUGUUACAGGACAAAUUUAAAUAGUUUCAUAUAUGUGUGUGAUAACGUUGUUCAUGGAACAUCAGUGCUGUCGUUUGACUUAAUACAGAAUUUCUUUAUUGUUUAUUUUCACUCACGUUCUGCUUGCAAAGGGGAAACUAAUUCAAAUAAUAAUCUUUCAAUUGAAAGUACAAUUUUAAAUCGCAGAUUUUUUAUCUGUGUUUCAAAGUUAAGCUCACAAACAUAAAAUCAUUUUUUCGUUUCAUUGUUUCAUUAUAAAUGUUCUAUUCUGUUAAAUGUGAUCAAAUUAAAGUGUUUAUGUUGGACAAGUACAAACAAUUUGAAAGAGUAAGUCAAAGAAUCGUGCGAAAGAUUGUAUUCUCGAUCGAUUUGUAUUAAUCAAAGCUUCAAACAAGUGGGAUUUUUCCACACUUCGCGAAUAUGUGUGACAGAUCAAAAUCUUCUUGAGCAUAAAAGUCUGUGAUUCUGUCUUGAUUUCAAUCAUUAUCAGAAGAAGAAUUCUAUUGUUAACAAGUCAAACGUUUUCUGUUUUCUAAUUCAAUCAUCUAAAAAAUGGAACGUAACCCGAACAAAUAUGAUUCACUGAAUAAAAUAUCUACGAAGAAAACAAUCCACAAAUGCAUAACAAAGUAAUAUUCACGAUAAAAUAAUUCGAACUUAGACAUCUUUAUGAUGAAGAGGUUCAACUACAAAAAGCCACAAACUACAUACAUAGAUAAACUUGAUAUAAAUUCAAGGUCAAAUUAGAUAUCAUUCAGACCGAUGGAAAUUUCCUAGAACAAACGAAAAACAAGAAAUUUGGCUCCUCUCCUCGAAUGAUUCGGCUGCAUUGAAUAUAUUUUAUGGUGCUUGUUCGAAGCAAACAGACUCACCGAUUUUUGACAAGUUUCGAUCUUAACGGAAUGAGAAAACAAUGAUAUCAAUUCUCGUUUCAAUUUCUUUCAUACAUCUAUUUUCGAAUCCAUUGUUGUUUUGAUUUUCGAAUUGCGUCAAAAUGUUAUAUUCAUGUUCUCCAACAAAUUUUUUUUUCAUUGAUCAUCUCAUCUCAUGUCAUCUCAUCCAUUGUGCCUCGUGGUCCCAGUCUUUGCCAAUUCACACAAUUAGAAACAUUUCCAUAGUAUCAGCUGUCGUUAAAUUGGAUAAACCCAUGUAAACACCAGACGCAAAAUAUACGCGUCUAAUCGCAGUUUGUUAGUAAACCGCGUUCAGACGCAGUAAAAAUCGAUUUUUACUGCGUCUGAACGCGUGUUCAUUUAGCACCGCGU